GAGAGCAAGACCGCUUUCUGUAUCUGCAGAGCCAGAUCCAAAUAGCAGGGUCUCCUGGUCAUUGGGCUCGGUGUAAAUUACCCAGUCCAUCUUUAGAUGUUAAACGCCGUUUGUCUGCCUCUGUGUGUGUGUGGGAGGGGAACGUAUGUGGACCUCCCUCUCUUGGAUCUACCCUCAUCAUCCCUCUCCCUCCCUCCCUCUCUCUCUCUAGUCCUGAGUACCGAAGUGCGGAUCGGAGGCAGACACAGCCGCUGCGUUGACGGUUCCUUGUGGCAAAUUCUUUUGAAAAGCAGCAGAAAAUGCAUCUCCUCUGUACGGCUGUGUGAACACAUUCCAGCAUAUAACCACGCAAAGAGAGAGGGAGAGAGAGAGAAACAUCCCGUGCAGUUAAUGAGGAUUUGCUAACUGCUUUUAUACAAUCAGUUGAAAACGAGUAACUGAGCUGAUCUCUUUUUAAGCUUUCUCCCAAAUGCAUCUAUGCUAUUCGCCUCAACCACUCGCUGUGGUCGUGAAGUCUCAACACAAUCUGGGUAAUAAAGUUAGCACAGCCCACCCUGCAGACUGGCAAUGAUCUACUGAGCAAGGAAUCCUAAUGAAGAGGCAUUGACAUCAAAUCCCCUGAUCACUCUGGGAUUAGGGCCAUUCGGUGGUUCUGGACCUUCCUAAGUCCCGGCUGACUACUGAGCUCAACUCAACAGACCAAAAAAAAACGAACCAAUCUGAAGGAAGAUGCGGCGAGACUUUUACUUGCCUUGUUUUCUGGCAUGCUUAAGCAUUGUCCAUUGGAGUCACUCCGCCCUCGUGAGCAAUUCCACAAGCUCCCAAGUGUCAACUCGACCUCGCCAUGGACUCGGUGUCAAAGGUCAAGUGCUUCACAGAUCCAAGAGGGGCUGGGUGUGGAAUCAGUUCUUUGUUAUAGAGGAGUACACAGGUCCAGAUCCGGUGCUCGUGGGCAGGCUCCACACAGAUCUGGACAGCGGAGGGGGGAAGAUCAGGUACAUCCUGUCAGGUGAAGGGGCAGGGACAAUCUUUGUUAUCGAUGAGAAAACAGGGAACAUCCACGCAACGAAAACGCUGGACCGAGAGGAACGUGCUGAAUACACGCUGAUGGCACAAGCUGUGGACCGGCUAACAAACAAACCUUUGGAGCCUCCCUCUGAGUUCAUUGUGAAAGUCCAAGACAUUAAUGACAACCCUCCUGAAUUCUUGACUGGACCUCAUCAUGCCACAGUCCCAGAGAUGUCGAAUGUGGGAACCUCUGUCAUUCAAGUCACAGCCACGGACGCCGAUGACCCAUCUUACGGGAACAGUGCCCGGCUGGUGUAUAGCAUUCUCGAGGGUCAGCCUUACUUCUCAGUGGAACCUCAGACAGGCAUCAUAAGGACGGCUCUUCCGAACAUGGAUCGGGAAGCGAGGGAGGAGUAUCUUGUGGUGAUACAGGCGAAGGACAUGGGAGGCCACAUGGGAGGUCUCUCUGGAACGACAAAAGUGACGAUCACCCUAACCGAUGUCAACGACAACCCACCAAAGUUCCCGCAGAGUGUGUAUCAGAUGUCGAUCUCGGAAGCUGCUGCUGUAGGAACGAUCGUGGGACAUGUAAAGGCCAAGGACCCCGACAUUGGCGAGAACGGGAUGGUGUCCUACAGGAUCAUUGAUGGUGAUGGUCGAAAUUUCUUUGAAAUCACAACGGAUUCUCAGACUCAGGAGGGAGUCAUCAAACUGAAAAAGCAGGGCCUGGAUUUUGAAACCAAAAAGUUUUACUCGCUGAAAGUAGAGGCAGCCAACGUAUACUUUGAUCCGCGCUUUGUCAGCAGGGGACCAUUCAAGGAUACGGCAACAAUCAAGAUCUCUGUGGAGGAUGCGGAUGAGCCUCCUGUAUUUUCCAAUUCCAUUUACUUCAUGGAAGUUAACGAAAGUGCCCCAGCUGGAACUACGGUCGGCCAAGUACACGCGGUGGACCACGAUCUGGGUCGCAGUCCCAUCAGAUACUCGAUUGAACCGCGCUACCUGGACAGAGCGUUCACCAUCAAUGCACAGAAUGGGAUUAUAAAAACCGCAGAGCCACUGGACAGGGAGCUAACAGAAUGGCAAAAUAUCUCUGUGAUUGCAACAGAAGUCAACAGCCAACUCCAGACUUCACGUGCUCAGGUAGCUAUCAAAAUCCAGGACAUUAACGACAAUGCACCAGAAUUUGCCAAACCUUAUGAAGUGGAUAUGUGUGAAAACGCAAAGACAGGAAAGCUCAUCCAGACAAUUCAUGCUGUGGACAAGGAUGAAAGUGCAAAUGGACCCAAGAUGACCUUUAGCAUUGCUCCAAAUCCAAACUUCACAAUACAGAGCACAGGACACACCGCUGACAUCAAGGUACACCAAAGGGCAAUGAGCCGGCGGAAACAGGAAGUCUACCUCUUGCCGGUGGUGAUUUCAGAUGGAGGGGUCCCCGUCAUGAGCAGCACCAAUACCCUCACCAUUCGGGUGUGCAGCUGCAGUGCUGAUGGGAGUGUACAGUCGUGCAAUGCAGAACCCCUGACCUUGCCUGCAGGACUCAGCACUGGAGCACUGAUCGCCAUUCUCACCUGCAUCAUUAUACUGCUCGUGAUCGUGGUUCUGUUUGUGACAUUGAGACAUCAGAAGAAGGAGCCCUUGAUCGUGUUUGAGGAGGAGGAUGUGCGUGAGAACAUUAUCAGCUAUGACGAUGAAGGAGGAGGGGAGGAGGACACUGAGGCCUUUGAUAUCGCAACACUGCAGAACCCGGACGGUCUGAAUGGCUUCUUGCCCAGGAAGGACAUCAAGCCUGAGCUCCAGUACAUGCCCAGGCAAGGCUUCUGCACAGCCCCCAACAGUGUGGACGUCGACGACUUCAUCAAAGCCAGGCUGCAGGAAACUGACUGCGACCCCACCGCCCCUCCCUAUGACUCCAUCCAGAUCUACGGUUAUGAGGGGAGGGACUCAGUGGCUGGAUCCCUCAGCUCUCUGGAAUCGGCCACCACUGAUUCUGACCUGGACUAUGAUUACCUCAACAGCUGGGGACCUCGGUUCAAGAGACUGGCAGAGUUGUAUGGAUCGAAAGAAACCUGUGAAGAAUCUUAACACCUAACAGAGCAGUCAGGCCUUAAAAUUCUACAUCAACCUUUCGAGCGAUGGAAUGCUGGACUGAAACUUUGGUGGGAUCGGACAGAUUUACAUCCUUUUUUUAUUUUCAUUUUUCUCCUUCCCCUUUUUUUUAAUAUAUAUAUAUAUUAUAUGCUCAAUUAUAUUGAGUGCAGGAACUGACAUUAAUGACAUUCCUUUAACUGUUGAAAGACGAUAUUAUUUGUCAAAGGUGGAUAACUGUGAAAUGGGCUCACCCAACACUAAGUCAUUACUGUUUUCCACAUCCUACUGCCUCGUUCUCUCGCUCAACGUCACAUCCAAAACAAAUCGAGAGAGAGAGAGAAGGAGAGACGCCAAACCUGGCUGGCCUUCGUCAUGAUUUCCCUGCGAUGGUUUCAAAACAAAAAGCUGGGACAAAGAAGUGAUUUAAACUGUAAGAUAAAGCUUUAAAGGAAUAAUGAAAAGUGAAAAUCAAAUCAGCAUUACAUUUUCGGGCAAUCAGUGUGGGAGGAGGAGGACCAAGAUCAUUUUGGCAGGUCUUUGUGACUUCGAAGACACAACACAUGCCAUCAGGCCGAUGGACAACAAGACAGUCUGAAUAUUGAGCCUUAAAUAUUGAAUUUAGUUGCUGACUACACCUUUUAAAUUUGUGACAAUAUUCUCUGUGGUACAACUUGCAGUGAUGCUGAGAGGUACAAAGGGGCGAUGUACAGAACUCAUCUGUCUUUGCAAGUCUGAAAGAACAAGACCUUAUUCCUGUUUAAAUCUUGUAAACCAUUUUUUUUUUGCUUUAAGUAUUGUGUUUAAUAUGUGUCAGGCACUGACCUGUCCCAUCACAGUGAGAGAUGCCUGAUUUCUAUGUCAUUUCUAUGUGUCGAUUUGUACAAUCUUAAAAGUUCUUAUUUUAGUAAAAAAAAUUACAUGAAGUCUCAAUAAUAUGACAUGCAACAAAAUGUUAAGGCAUCACUAUUCUAUUUUAUGGACAUUGUACUGUUGCUUUAUUAUUGUGCUUCAGGCGGAGAAGC